UCGACGUUGGAGAACCUAAAAUUUUUUAAAUAUGCACAUCGGUUUCUUUUGGCCGCCUUGGAUCAAGAAUUGCAAGAUUUACCAAAAUGGCUAUGGCAACAAACACCCCCCGCGGAACUGAGCAACCAAGAACGAAAGCUGUGGAAAAUUAUUUGCUUUUCAUUGACCAGCUUUGCGGACAAUUGUACUGAGACCUCAUUUGGAUCAGGUUCAGCUGCAAUAGCGCAUGUAGGAAACGACUACGAAAGAACAUGGUGGGUGCGCCGAGUUGUUCCAGUAUUUCAGACAUUUGCCAACCAAACUGGCUUACUCUCGUUCGACUGGUGCGAGUGUGAAGUGCGGCAUCACGCACUGGCAAACAUGGAUCCCGAGUGCUGGCAAAAAGGAAGACCUUGGUUCGCCGAUGGUCUUGGUUACGAUUGGACCGGUAUGGAACGGUUGGUAAUGGAAGGCUCCUCGGGGCAGCGCAAGGAAAGAAUACCCAAGACGAUUGAUGACAGCGUCAAACAGAUCCACAACAUGCUCAAUAUGCUCAAGGGAAUCGCUAAUACGCAUUUGAAUUCAAGCUUUCACACGUUUCUCCAAACCAAGGUCUAUGGCAUUCAAUCGAUCAGAGCGACAGUUACUUUAUCUGAGAUACAGGUAAACCACCGAGGAAAAUACAUCCACAGGCAAGUCGUGACAGCAACCAUCCCAACUUGUCACCAAGAACGAAACAAAUGGCUCGGGGUCUUCAACAUGGUUGCGUAUUUGUUGGUUGCAAUGGAAACACAGGUUAACAAUUUGGCCAUGUUGGAUGACGAACAGGAAGGAAAAAAUCAACGUGGAAAAUGA